AAAGACCAUAAAACCCUCUCCAACGCACGCAGGCAGACGCCCAUCACCCGCCUCCCAACGCCCCCUACCCAUUCCACUCUGUCGCGCUGCGCAGGGCAGCCCACCUUGUCCUGCGAGACCACCGCCGCAUCCCCCUCCCUCACCCCGCGCGACAGCCGCAUACCCCAUCCCCGCGCCUUCUUCUUUACAGCUGGUGUCAUUGACCGAAAACACGCUGCUCAAUUAUUUCUUAGUCGGCAUUAUCUGAAUUUCUGAUGGUCUCAGCCGGGGAAGAAUUGUCUCAAAAUAAUUUUGCAUUUAUGGAGCUUGCGAUACAACAGGCAAAGCUUGCCUUGGACUGCCUUGAAGUGCCAGUUGGAUUAUGAUCAUUGGGUGCUGUUUUUCCUCAUUCAGACUAUUUUCAUUGACUAGAUGUGUGAUUCUGGAUGAUGGAAACGUCAUUGCUACAGGUCGAAAUCGAACUACUGAGAAAAGAAAUGCUAGUAGACAUGCAGAGAUGGAAGCUAUUGAUAUUCUUCUUGACCAGUGGCAGAAACAGGGACUUUCACAGUUGGAGGUUGCCAAAAAAUUCUCAAAAUGCUGUCUUUAUGUAACAUGUGAACCUUGCAUUAUGUGUGCUUCAGCUCUAUCAAUUCUUGGUAUAAAGGAAGUAUAUUAUGGUUGCGCAAAUGAGAAAUUUGGAGGGUGUGGGUCAAUACUAUCACUGCAUUUGAGUUGCUCUCAGCCGAAUAUUAGUGGUGAAGUCCCGCGACGGAAAGGUUUCAAAUGUACUGGAGGUAUAAUGGCAUCAGAAGCAGUCUCCCUUUUCAGAAAUUUCUAUGAACAAGGGAAUCCAAACGGUAGGUAGUUUUAUCUUCCUAAUCCAAGCUCUUUGUAUGACAGCAUCAAGAGAGAUGCUAUUUUUCUCCCUCUUCGCAUAUGGAAGAGAGAGAGAGAGAGAGAGAGAUUCAGAGAACAUUAAUAGAAGAAGUUCACUUAGAAAUACUUUUAAAACAAAAACAAUGAAAUCUAUUCUGACUUAAAAGGAAAAAACUAAUAUUGCUUUCAUUUAAUCCUUUCUUUAUAUGACUCUGGCUUAUUUUUGAUGUUUGGUGUAAUUUAGCUCCAAAGCCACACAGACCUCUUGUUCACCAGGCAAUGCAAUGAAUAUAUUGGUGAGGCAUGUGAUGGAGUUGAGGGAAUAGAGAGAUAUCUACAAGAAAAAAAUUAGUCUAGUUGAAGUGAGGGACUAGGAAAAGAAUUUGAAAUAGGUGGUUCAGAAUUCCUCAUUUCAUUUGAAGUUUUAGAAAGAUCCAAUAGCAAUUCCUUCGAGUAUUAUUGAAACUUAAUUUGGGAUAAAUAUGAUUGGAGAAACCUUGGCACUUGUUGAUGGCUGAUUAGUAGAAAUAAGUAUAAAGAUAAGUCCCAGCUAUGGGUAUUGUAAUGUCUUGUUUACUGGUUUAUUACAGAAGUUUUUGGCUGUAUUAUUAAGACAUUAUAUAUAUAUAUAUA